UGUAUCGACGGACGCAAACCAAUAUGGCGGCCCUAGCAACUGCACGUCAACUAUCGUCGCACGGGGAUUCGGAGCCUCCAUCCUCGCCUGCUAACCCGGACUAUGUGGAUCAGAGAGAGUCCCGACUGAAAGUUGUGCACUUUCUCAAGGAAGCCGAAUGCACCAGGAGGCUCGUUGACAAGUUGGAAAAAGACAGGUCACUGAGUCUCCAGUGCAGGAGAAACGGAUGGACGGAGGUGGCCGUGGAGCUGGACGAAUAUGAGAAAAUGCUGGGGGAGCAGAGAAGUGCAGAAAAGAUGGAACUGCGGGAGCACCUGGCCGAGAUUAAAAAUGGCGUCAAGGAAUUUAAGCAACAGCUGAUAGAUAUGAAACCAACUCCAGAACUUAUUGAAAAGCUGAAGCAGAUCAUGUACGAGGUGGAAAUGACCAUCAACAAUUUGAAAGAAGAGCAGCGAUCACGCUUUGGAGAGCUGUUGAAAGAGGAGAGGAUGUGUGCACAGGAGGUGGCGGCCUGUGAGAAGAAGGUUGAAAACUGGAGUCUUUCCAGCAAGUCUGAUUCCAGCGCCGCUGGCGUUCCAGCUGUCAAGAGCAAAGCCUUAAGCCGGGACCUCCCCGCCGAGGUCCUCGCGCUGGAAGCUUUCCUUCAGAAAACGGGAGGCAUCUGCGGCGGUUGGGAGGAGUUCGAUCACCGGGCCUUCCUCAAGGUGUGGACGAAGCGCGGCGGGCGGGCGGGCUUCAGGAACGAGGCCAAACGGUACCUGCCCAGUAAAAGUCAGCAGGAGAUCGAGGAACACGAGCGCUGGUACCAGGAGCUGAUCCACCUGCAGGACAUCAGGAGAGAGGCAAUCCAAAGGUGGAAAAGCAGCAAGCAACUGGAACACCAAGCGCGCGUCCAGGAGCAGGCGGAAGUGGUGGAAGAUGAGAGGAAGAAGAAAGACUCAAAGUGCCAGCGGAACAAUGAGGAGGAGAAGAAGACGGUCACUCCGCGGUUGGGGGCACGGAAGGGUGCCAAGAGGAGGAAAAAGGAGGAGGCGGAGAAGCAGAGACGAGCCAGAGGGGGUCUUCGGGGGCGGGAGGCCGAGCCGAGUCCCGCGGAAGAACUGCGGCGCCGCGACGGGAAGCCGAGGGGGAGGAAGGAGGCGACAAAAGCCAUCAAAUACUCGAUUACCAGGGACCUCGAGCGAGUGCAGGCCAAACGUCAGGAGAAGUUGCUGAGGCAAAAAGAGGACCAAGAACGUCGGGAGAGGAUCGUGGCCAAGCUGAAGGAGAAAGUGGACGGUCACAUUGUCCGAGACCAAUCUAGGCUGAUGCGGCCCACCAGGGGAUGGGAGGAGCGCAUAAAGGGCUUGGAACCUUCAGGAGUCGGACCGCCGCUUCACUUGUCUCAAAGAGCUGUUCCCGGCUGGAGACUGGCGCUAUGAAGCCGUUACGAGCAUUCAGUUUUCACACAAAGACACAGUUCAGAAUUGGACUUUUGUUCUGCAUCAGGGGUGUCAAACUCACUUUUGGCGCGGGCCACAUCUUGGUUCCGGUUUCCCUCAGAGGGCCGUCAUGACUGUGAAACCAUAAAAAUCUUGAAUCAACUCAGACACCAAAUUUCUGGAAUAGUUUUGGAAUCAGAACACAAUGCUAAUGUGUUUUUCAACCGUUGUUCAUGUUUGGUUGCACAAAAAAAUGCAAAUAACAUCUAAAUGUAAUCAUUUAUUAUAUAUGACUAAGAAAUUUAAAACAGAUUGUCACAAAAAUCAUGGAGUUUGAUUUUCCACCACGGGUCACAUAAAAUCUUGUGGCGGGCCAGAUCUGGCCCCCGGGCCUCGAGUUUGACACACGUGUUCUACAUUGUUUCAAAUAUUGCUUUGGUGUUAAACUGUCUGAUAUGAAUAAAA